AUGGUAGACAAAGCGAACAUCAUGAUCAUAAAGAGGAGGAGGAAUAGAGGGGGAGGAUGCCCUACAAGGUUACAGAAACAUGCACCGGCUUCUCUUGACAUUGAUAAGGUUCUCAUUGAUCGUCCUUCAAACCCUUUUGGGGAGGCUUCAAGGGCAAUACCAUUGUUAUCUCCACUCGUUCUUUCUCCACAGCCAAUUUAUGCAGAUAUCACUAUUCAAGUUCGAACAUCAGAGAAGAAUGGGAAUAAUGGUAAGAAUGAGGGUAAAAGUACUCCAACCAGAGGCUGGGAACAUCCAGCUAUUGCUUCAUUUCCCGAGCCAUCUACUUUGUGUAGUUUCUUCCAAAAGCAAUGCGAGGAAGGUAACUCCUGCAGUGCACUUCUUCGCCUUUAG